UAGAGGAAGAUGGGGAGGGAUGUUAGCUCAGGGCCAGUCUUCCUCAGCCAAAAGAGGAGGAUUGGCAGUAGUUAGCUCAGGGCUAAUCUUCCUAAAAAACAAACAAACAAAAAAAACUUGAUCCUGAGUGUGAUCCAGCCUCUGAACCCAGUUGUCCACGUGCAGGAAAUGUGGAGAACAGAGGGAUGUGUUGAACUGCGCUGUGUGAAUGCAAUCUGCAAGGUCCAGACUCAAGAACUCGACAGGGUACAUGGCUCAGGUUCUUCCAGGAAUAUAAGGGAAAGAGAUGGAGACGAAACCUGCAGAUUAACAGAGACUUGCAAGACAUCAACAAAAUAAGCAAGACUAAUCUAUAGCGUCUAGAGAGGCACAUUUGGAUGAUUAAAAACUAUAAAGAAACUCGAGAGUAAUUACUGUUAAAGUCAGGACAGCGGGCACUUUUGGAAGGAGAGAAGUGGUUGAGAUCUGAAUGAGGCCCGGGGAGAGUAUUCUGGGGCGGCUGGAAAAGUACAGUUUCUUGGCCUGGAUAGUAGUUAUAAGGGUGUUGAUUUUAUAAUAAUUCACUAAGCUUCACAUUUGUUUUGCGUCAUUUUCUGUAUAUUGGAGAUCUGAUUCAAAUCAAGACCUUGUAACUCCAACGCUCAAGGCUACAUACAGCCCGCAGAGGCGGAGGGGGCCGCUUGUCACUGCCGUGCUUGGGAAUGCGUCCCCGGCGACCGUGCAAGGGACUCACUGAAGGGGGCGCUGCAGGCACGCUGGGACCGAGGAAAGAAGUGCAAUUCCCCGACCUGGCUCCAGGGAUGCCCAGAGGCCUCCCUCUCCCGUGCAACUCGAACUGGAGAGCCAGGGAGGAGGCGCGAGGACAGGAGCCCCCGUGGCCACCGUGUUCCGGGGCGCAGCGGCCGCAGAGCCGGCAGCCAGCCCCGCCGGGCCAGCCAGGUGCGCGCUCGCAGGGAGCCGAAGCGGGGCCACAGGGAUGCGGGCCGGGGGACAGGCGGACAGCCCGGCGCGCCCCGAGCCGCUCCGGCACCACGGCCCGGAGGAGGCGGGCCCCGUGCGGCUGGCGGGCUGCCGGGCUGCACGUGGCACGGUGGCUCCUUUGGUCCUACCGACCCUGUCGCCUGCAGAUCCCGGCUCUCAGGCGCCAAAGCCUGAGCGGACUCCCAGCUGGUCUCCGGAGCGGUGAGCGCCAGAUUGGGGUCGGCCCCGCUGCCCCCAGGCAUCAAGGUCCCCCAAGGCCGGGCCAGGGCUGGUGGCGCGGGCACAGAGGAGGUUGGAAUUGUGCCAGAGGGGCUCCGCUAGGGAUCUCGGGGAGUGUAAGGGGCGGCUUGGCUCACCAUCCCUUUGCUAAACGCCCACUUCGCGGAUUGGGCGCGCGAGGCCGCGGGCGAGACAGGGACCCGAAGUGCCAGCGCCCCCGCCGUCCCCAGGGAGGAAGCGGGGCGGAGAGAGCGCCCGGGAGGAGGCAUCUAUGCGGGGAUGCGUCACUCCACUACCCACUUACCCAACCAGGUGACACUGCGAACCCUGGCCCUGCCCGCCACCGCCCACCCCCAGGGCUGGCCAGCUGCCAGGAGAGGACAGCCCAGGACGGAGGUCAGGCACGGGGCCUCAGGCCGCCCACUGCGGUGGCGGCGCGCCCCUCCCUGGGUCUCCGAUUCCGCGCCCCAGUGAUGGGAGCGAAGCGGAGGCGUCUGGGCUGGCUGGGGUCAGCGACACGGUUUCCUCGGCGAUCCAUCCCGUAGAGAUGCGCCCGGACCGGCGCUGGGCGUGGGGUCCACCAAAGACCGUCUCCUGCCCUCCCUCGGAUCCUGGAUGGGUUUGAGGUGGCCUCGGGGCAGAGGGCGGGUCGGGCCUGCUCAGUGCCGGCCAGAGGGAGGCAGGACGCAGCAGUGGCCCUGCCCAGCGAAGUGUCCUAGAAAAUGAGCAGGCCGGACCCGGCGCUCUCCCACCCCACCCCCGACGUCCUCCGAGCCGCAUCCUUCCCCUCCUCCCGCUUGCACCUCUGUCCUCAACUUUCUUCUGUGCCCUUCCCCAAAGGACGUCUCUCCAGUCCCAGGACUGCGGCGCCCGGCCCCCCGGCCGCCUCCGGAGCUCUCCUCCCAUCACCGCCUGGCUGAGGCGGCUGGGACACGUCUACUUAUAAUGUGCCAGGUGGUGACAAGUGCCUGGAGAACAGGUUAUACUCUGAAAACAGGAGAGACCUCCAGCAUCUCCUUUCGGCCAGAUUUCUCCUCUCCAGCGUGCCCUGUAUAAGAAUUCUGGAACCCUUGACAUUUUGCCUGAGGAAAGCCACUUGAAUCCCAGUGAACAAACACAGCAGAGAAACUGAGUCUUAUUAGGAAGCACAAAAUGGCUCACACGAGGAACAGGAAACCCGCUGACACAGUUGGGAGGAAUGUGUUUUGUUGAUGGAAUGGAGAUAAGUAGAAGAGGAAGGCUGACUGCCUCCCAAAUUCGUUUGUUUAUUCAACAGGUACUUUUUGACUUUCUGCCACAUUGCAGGCGUUGUGCAAAGUUCUCCUCUAAGGAUCAGGCCAUCGUAUUUACCUCUCAGCACAGAACUAGCUUGAUCUUCCCCUUCGUGGGGACUCUGUUUCCCUCUGUACCUUCCUCCCUGUGUCACCCUCUUCUCUGUGGACCUUUUCUGUCUCAUGAGGUUAGCUGGCUUGGAUUCAACCUUGGCCCAUGAAUCUAUGAAUCUUUCCAGCUUAGGCUCUUUCUAAUAAACGUCUGUCUCAGUCAGCUAUAGCCAUGUAACAACGUACACCAAAACUUAGUCACUUAGGACAACAGUCACCUUGUCAGUCAUGCGUCUGUGAGUUGGGCAUCGGAGUAGGGCGCAGUGGACAGUUUCUCCUCCUCAUGGUGUCAUCUGGGGCGGCUCAGCUAGGGCUGCCCUCUUAGCAAUGCCAGCUCAUUAGGAAUUACUUCAACACAUCAUCUCCUUUUCCAUUGUGCUCUCCUAAAAACUUUCAGAUGAUGGCCGCCAUGGUUCCUAAAACCAACAUAAAUGAUGCUAAACCAGGGCCGGGAGCUUUGCACCAGCAUCAGGGGUCCUCUGUGUUUCUAAGAAGCCAUGCAGAGAUGUUGUCCAUUCUACGCUUAGGAGACUAAGGCUGGUCUUAAAAUGUUUUAUUUUCUUUGUUUUAAGAAAGGAAGGAAAACUUCAUCUUGAGUAAACCCCAGGUUGGACAGUUAAGUCAGUCCCUUCUCUUCUCCCUGUCCCCCACUACAGCCUGAGUGAGGAUUUGUUGCUCGGGCUAGAUCUUCCUGAAACCAAAGCAUCAGUACAAAUGUAGGUGGAGCAAAACAACUAAAUGUCAAAGACGGCACAGAUAAUAUACAUCAAUCACCCUUCCGACCCAGAAGACUAUUUCAGGAAACACCCACGCAGCUCAGACAGGAAAUCCCUGUGGCCUUCAGAGGCAACAGAUGCAGGGAGCAUGGCUGUCACAGGACAGGCUUGGAGAAGUGGGUCACAGCACUGCCUUAGCACUUGUCUGCUCCCUGUGGUCCUGGCCUUCUCUAGGCCACAGCUCCCACGUCUAUCAGUGGGACACUUGAUGGUGAUGCACAAGGAUGCACAAAGAUUGUGCGCACAAAGCCCCUAGCACGGUACACAGCACCUGGCAGGUGCUCAGGAGAUGUUGGCCUCUAUUGGUCCCAACUACUGGAGCAGCCCAGCCCUGCAGAGAGCUGGCCAUGUCUACCCACUUUAUCAACCAUGAUGGAACCAGGCCCUGGUUCCUAGGGCCGUGCCCAUUGGCAUUGCCCCCUGCAAAGGAGUUGUUCAUUUUUCUGCCACCCAGGGCCGUACACACCUGUGGCUCGCCCCAUUUGUACAUCACUGUCAAGUCGUUUUACCAAGUAGAAGAUUUGAUUAAAACGCUGUCAUAUUGACUUGAUGUGUCGAAGAUAUUCACAUGCUCUAUCAUAAAUAACUCAACUUCCAGGCAAGUCCUAAAGUAAAUCUUUUUUUUUUUAAACUUCACACUGCCUUGACAAUUAUUUGAGUUGGUUUGUUCACACCUUAUGAACUCUUCCAGCAUAGACCUGCACCCCCAAGAACUGAAACUUCAGCUCUUCUGGAAGUAUCUAAAAGUUGAAGGCUCUGCCAGGCCUAUCUUGGGGCUCAGCAAAAGUUAGCAGUUUAUAUUAAAACAUCCCUCAGAAUGGCAUCCUAGCUUGGAGAGGCAGGAUGAGGUAAUAGUUGGGAAGAAAAACAGGUGCUUAAAAAAGAUGGUUUACUCUACUCCAUUUUGGUUUCUGUUGUGUGUGAUUUUGCUAUGUCACUUCUAAAACCCUAAAAAUAAACGUUGUAUUUAAUAUUAGUCCACUUAAACUAUUUCUGGCUGGACACGGUAGAUUGUGCAGAAAUCCACGCUUGCCAUUUCAGAAACUGUUCGUUGAUCUAAAGGUUAAAGGCGGAAGUAGUUUCUGUAGGGUCCGGGAUAUAUAUAUAUAUAUAUAUAUACUGACUGCUCAGUCCAGGUGAGCUCUUUUUAUGAAAAUAUGCUUCGUUUUCCCCUCUGAUGACAGCAACAGAAAACAGAAAAAUUUGGAGUAGCAACGCGUGCUCAAGUAAUGUCUGAUUAUUGUUUUAUUUUCCACACUAUGUUCUACAGCUAGAGUCCUGACGACUAUAGCACUGAAACCCUGAAAGUUUAUUUUUUAUUAUUUCAGUUUAGUCACCCAAAAUUACUUAAUGCUUCAGGUGGCCAGUCAUGCAAGAAUUCACGCUUGAGUACUUCAGAGACUGUCCCAUGGUCUAAAGGUUCAACUCAGGAUGUGGUUUCCACUCUGAAACAGGUCCCAGCUGCCACUCACUUUACUUUUAUAAUUUAUUUUAUGUCUUUCAAAGUUACAUGCGCCUUAAAAAGUCAAAAGCUUUACAGUGGGAAAGCUCACCAUGAAAAGCAUCGGUCCCCUUGCCUCUUCUGUGAAGCACCCCACUCACCAUUGCCCAGAAGCCCCACUUCUAGCUCCUUCAGUGUUUCUUCUGCCUGCUACCUCUAUAUUUCUGAACAAUAUGCUUAUACUGCUAUUUCUGGAUUUUUCCAUUGCCUGGCUACCCUGGAAGGCUAAGAUUUCCCUCUGCUAUCUCCUCCCCACCCCACAUACUUAGCUUCCCAACAGAGCUGUAUCACAAGUCUUGGUGAAAUCACUAUUUAGUAUUAAAUAUUCGUUAUUACAACUAUGUAUAUACUGUACCAUGAUGCCAUUUCUAGUGCAACUUUCUGUUACCACUAAGUUAAUAAUUUGCUGAUUUUUCUCAGUACCUAUCCCUAAUUCAUCCUAAAUUGCCAACUGACGUGGAAAUUGCUUCUCAAAACAUUCAAACCCAUAAGGACGCCUCUCAGCUUCAUUUCGUCUUGCCUUUCUCCCUCCUGGGGUCCUCCUGCUUCUAAUUACUGUCUUCCUUAGAACUUUUGAUGGUUUCUUUCUCGCUAUAAGAAAUCCGAAUUUAUUUUAGAAAUUGGUAGAGAUAAAAAUUAAAAGGUAUUUUAGGCUAGUUUCCUCAGGACCCUGAGCAUUCAGACAUGAGUAAAUCCUGCUUCCUGCCCCAGCAAACUCGGCCUGGACGGGGAAACCUACAAAACAGAAAGAUGCGAGGACACUUACAGACGCUGGGGAUACGAUGAGAGGUCACCCCAGGGAGGACAGCAUGGGGUGCUGGGACCCUGCCUGCCUGCCUUUGGAAUCAGGCAGACCCGGGUUUGAAUCCUGAUUCUGCCCCUUGUGGGACCUCAGCAGCCAACCUAACCCCCAGGACGUCAGUUUAUUUCUCUGUGAAAUACAGAUUCCACUCACCCUUCAGGACGGUGCAUAGAGCAUAUGAGAGAAGAGGGGAGAGCUCUUACACCACGCUAGACCCUUGAAAUGACAGUGCCCUUCCGACUCAACUGCCACAGUGACAGAAGCACUCUCCAAAUACAAUGCUAAGGCCACUUACCUUAGGAUUUGUGCCACUCAUAUGGCAAAUGUCUUCCAAAAAAUCACCGUCAAUUUUUUGUACUUUUACAGUUUUGUAACUAUGGGAGUAAAAAGUUCAAUUUUACUGGAAGGUAAUAACUUCAUUCCAGUUCGUGCCCAUCUCAGAGCUCGACUCAAGUCCUGCAUGGCAGAAACUCCUCAUAGCGGUUGUGAGAAGCAACGCCCCAGUGAAAAUUCUGAUGUUUCGUAUUGUAAGAGAAGGAUAUGCUUUCAUUCAGCCAUCACUUGGUAAUACUUGAAAGCUAAAGGGACAGUUUGAAAAGGGUGACAACCUCAGCUGGGCUCUUCACCACCUGAGGGGCUCAGGCUGCUCACCCUCCUGCUUUUCCUCCCAAAGUCUUGACUGUUUGUCAGCAGAGGAUGGUCACGUUCUCGUCACAUCUUUGCACGGAGUCAUUUUGAGUCACCUCCCAGCUCCUGAAGUUUUAAAACACUUUGAACGCCUUCAACGGUUUGGAAAUCGAUCCUGUUUUCAGUGGUAUUCGCUCUUUCCCAGGGUGGUUUUAGCGGCUCAAGACAUUCAGUAAAAGGAGCUGAGAACCAUUCCCAAGUUUGCAUUAAUCUAUUCAAAUGAUGCUUGUUGAAAUAUGCACCGCCUGUUAACCCCUCAAGAGCUCCUAGUUACAGAUAGCAUGUUAAUUAUAUUCUCCACCUGCCACUGACAAUAUAUAAGGAUAAUCUGCUCCCACAAAGGUCGUUUCCACUGAGCUAUUAGGACUUUAUUAACUAAGUUAAGCGUGGUUUGCUGGGACACUGUUGAAUGUAACCAGAUCAUUAUUUGUGCAGCUCGAUAAGUAGCACCCUCUGCAGACAGCUACGGAGUAGCAAUGCCAGUAAUACCAACUGUGUCUUCAUUUGAUUUUCUGUCCUUUUAAAUUUAUGGAAUGAAUAAAUAUGUUCUAUUUUUAAACCCAAACUAGGGGCCAGCCUGGUGGCAUAGUGGUUAAGUUCACACAUUCCGCUUCGGCAGCCCAGGGU